CCACGCCCGAUGGUCAUAAAAGUUGCAAAGGGAUUAUACCUAUCACCAGAUAGGAGUUAAUAGAAGUGACAAUGGCCACAGCUCCCCAAUUCCCAGCUUUCGUUUAUCUCAGGAACCCUACCAUUAUCUCCCACCUGAAAUCCAAGACUCUAACCGUCUCGGCUUCUCCGAGAUCUCCAUCGCCCAAUCCAGAAGAAGAAGAAGAAGAAGAGCCAGCUCCCCAAUCUGGAAAGCUCGAUGCUGUGAAGCUUGCGUUCGCCAGAGCCAAGGCGUACAAGAAAGCAGUUGGAACCAGUCCAGUUCCUGAGAUUCCUCUGAGGCCGAAUGUUCCAGGAUCUGCAGAGAUCGAAGAUCGCAGUGGUGGGUCGAAGGAGGAAGGUGCGUAUGUUAGGGGGGAACGGGAGGUGCCCUCUGCAGUCAAACUUGCAUUCCAGAGAGCAAAGGAGUAUAAGAUGAACAAAAAAGUUAGGGGCACAGCCACAGGGCCUAAUGACAAGGAGGUACUGAUGGAUCUUGUGAGUAGUUUACCCAAAAGGAAAGAAACUAAAAAGGAAGAAUUUACAGUUUCUAGUAUUGAUUUUUCUGAUAAAAAGCAGGGGAAGCAAGUGCCAUCCGGGCUAGUUCCAAUGCCGAACCCCUUCCCUGACGGCAAGUUUCCAGAGGUUGAAAUUCUAGUUGGGGAUUCUAGUAAGUUUGGAAAUGCAACAGAGCCUAAACCGGUUCAAGAUGAUAGAAUGGAUGUGUACAAGCCAAAGGUCUCCACAUGGGGUGUUUUCCCCAGACCUAACAACAUUUCUAAAACUUUUGGUGGUGGAAGAAUUAUUAAACCUGGCGAGGCACUUGAAACAGCAGAGGAGAAAGCAGCUAAAGAUGCACGAAUGAGAGAGCUUCUUGCUGCCUAUGAUAAAAAGGCAGGCUUGUAUGUUGAUCCAAAGCUUAAACUUGAAUAUGAAAAGCACUGUUGUGCCUAGGCAUUGAGUGAAGGUGACUCAUUGAUGGAACUUGGGAAGCUGAGAGAAGCAAUACCAUUUUAUACAAAAGUAAUGGAUGGAAUGCCAUUCCGGAAUGAACUUCAUGGACGUGCUGCUUUGCAGUGGUCUAUCUGUCAAGAUUCACUCCAAAGACCAGACGAAGCUCGAACCAUGUAUGAAAAACUUCAGUCACAUCCUAGUGUUCAAGUGCGCAAAAAAGCACGGAUUUUUGUAUACAGCUUUGAGGCAAUGAAAAUGAUGAAGGCUACAACAACCACUUCUGCAGCGGGCACGGACUACCAAAGUUACUUCGAUGCUUUCAUAAAGGACACACCCAAUUACCCUCUUAAAGGAGGCGAAGUUGAUGAAGGCGGACUAGGUCAAGUUCUCCCCUAUAUCUUCUUCCUUGUUUCCCCCAUUUUUAUCGUCCUACUCAUUGCUAUACAAAAGGGUAUGUGAGCACUUGAUGUUCUUGGCUUUCCAAAUUUAUAGAUGGGUCACACACAAUACUGAAACUACUAUAAUGGUCUCCUUGGUUCACUGGGAGUAUAUAUUAUCCCUUGCUUGCUUCAACUAAAUCUGUAUAUAUUAUUCCUUGGUUUUGUAUAUGAAAAGAGCUAUUCAGAGAUUUUUA